AUGAAUUUGUCGCUUGUUGACCCGUUCGUCCUGGCCCAGGACUAUCCGGAUACCCUGACAGAGAAAUUGCGGAGUGGUCAUGCGACAUGUCUUCGAUUUAACCAUACUGGCGACUACCUAGCAUCCGGACGAGUGGAUGGCACUGUCGUGAUCUUUGACAUUGAGACCAAUGGUGUCGCACGCAAGCUCCAGGGUCAUACUCGGCAGAUCCAGUCACUUAGUUGGUCUCGAGAUGGCCGGUACCUACUUACAUCGUCGCAAGACUGGAAGUGCAUAUUGUGGGACUUGAAGGAUGGCUCCCGCGUGCGCACAGUCAGAUUCGAGGCGCCAGUGUACAUUGCGGAGCUGCAUCCGUUCAACCACCUCCUCUUCGUGGCCUCCCUAUUUGAAGACCAACCGGUUCUCGUUGAUAUUUCCUCUCCAAAACCAAUCAAGCGAAUUCUCCCCUCCGCACCCCUCCGCCCUCAGCCUACAAACGGUGAAGAAGUCGAUCCCGCCGUCGCCGCCAAACAAGCAGCGCAAGACGCAAAGCAUUCAACCUGCGUCACCAUAUUCACGGCAUUUGGCAACCACAUCAUUGGCGGCACCUCCAAGGGCUGGAUCAACAUUAUUGAGACGGAAACGUGCACAACAAUCCAUUCCAUGCGUCUGUGCAAUGGAGUCGUCAUUCUCGCCCGCCUUGCCAACAACGGGCGUGAUUUACUGGUCAACAGCUCGGAUCGUGUUAUUCGCACUGUCCUCAUGCCUGACCUUUCCCAGCUUGGUAUUGACUUCGAGCCGUCUGCCAUCAAACUACAAGUGGAGCACAAAUUCCAAGAUGUCGUCAACAGAUUAAGCUGGAAUCACGUCACAUUCUCUUCAACUGGCGAAUUUGUCACCGCAACUACCUUCAUGAACCCAGAUAUCUACGUCUGGGAGCGCAGCCAUGGCUCUCUAGUCAAGAUUCUCGAGGGUCCACGAGAGGAGCUCGGCGUGGUCGAAUGGCAUCCCUCGCGGCCUAUGGUAGUCGCUUGUGGUCUGGAGUCCGGCUGCAUCUAUACAUGGUCGAUUAUUAGCCCCCAAAAAUGGUCUGCCCUAGCUCCAGAUUUCGGCGAAGUUGAGGAAAACGUGGAAUACGUGGAGCGCGAAGAUGAGUUCGACGUUCAUCCAGCCGAACAGGUGCAUCAACGUCGGCUCGAUCUCGAAGAUGAGGAGCCCGACGUGAUCACUCUGGAUCGCGCCGAGGACACCAUCGAUGCAGAGCAGUCCGGCGUAUUCAGUGUUCCGGUCCUUCUGGAUAUCUCGGAUAGCGAGAGCGGAGAGGAUAUUAUCGCAGUGGGACCGGGCACAAUGCGCCGUCGUACUCCCGGUGAUGGAGAUGCCGAGAAGGAUACCAAAUCUGGUGCAAAUGGUGUCGCUCGUGGCGCAGGCAGGAACCGCCGGCGGUAA